AUUUUAUUUUAAAGCUUUCAAACCUAUUAAAAAGGAGUGCCUGUACCAUUCUUGUUUACACUCCCACUUUUGGAUCUCCUGACUGUUUUGGAUCUGUCUCUAAUAGCAGUUGUUGCUGUUGUCUUGCUUCACUCAUUACCCCAGAGAAAGAAAUAACUCAAGGUUUCAACUGAACGACUACAAGCAGAUCUACAGCAAUGCAAGGACCUCAACCUGCCACAGCACCUGGAAUGCCCUAUGGCUCCCCUCAGCAAGUCCCUGGGGCUUACCAAGGUGCAGGGAACUAUGGAUUCCAGGCACAGCCCAUGGGAUUCCCAGGUGGAUUUGUCGCUCCACCUGUCCAGAACCAGCCUACCAUGGAUGGGACAAUCUGGAUGCCUAUCCCUCCUUCUAUUCCCAACUGCCCUCCUGGACUGGAGUACCUCACACAGAUUGACCAGAUACUAAUUCAUCAGCAACUUGAACUUCUUGAGCUUGUGACUGACUUUGAAACAAACAACAAAUACGAGCUCAAGAAUGCACUGGGACAAAGGGUGUACUUCGCAGCGGAGGACACUGACUGCCUCACCAGGAAUUGCUGUGGGCCGUCACGGCCCUUCACCAUCCGGAUUACGGACAACCUGGGCCGCGAGGUGAUAACUCUGCACAGGCCUCUGCGCUGCUCCGGCUGCUGCUGCCCCUGCUGCCUGCAGGAGCUGGAAGUCCAGGCGCCUCCAGGAACAACAGUUGGUUAUGUUGUCCAGAACUGGCAUGUCUGCCUGCCAAAGUUCACCAUUCAGGAUGAGAAAAGAAAGGAUAUACUGAAAAUUGCUGGCCCAUGUGUUGUGUGCCGGUGCUGUGAGGACAUUAAUUUUGAGGUGAAGUCUCUGGAUGAGACUUGUGCUGUUGGGAGGAUUUCUAAGCAGUGGACUGGAUUUGUGCGGGAAGUGUUUACAGACACAGAUAACUUUGGAAUCUCAUUCCCAAUGGACCUGGAUGUGAAAAUGAAAGCUGUCAUGAUUGGUGCUUGCUUCCUUAUCGACUUCAUGUUUUUUGAACGUAGCGGUAAUUAAACAUCAGCAAGCAGGAGUUUGAUAAUGAAAUCUAGAUGUUCUGUAUGGAAUGAAGAAGAACAUGGAUCUCCCAAGUUUCUGAUGAAUUGCAGUGCUCCAGUAAGAAUAUGAGAAAUGCACAUGUUAUAGUUGCAUUUCUGUAAGCUUAAAAGCUUUAUGGUCUUUUUUAUUAUUUUUUUAAUCUGAUGAAAUAAUUUUUAGUAUUCAAACAAGGACUCUUUAUCUGUACAGAUCUGAACAGAUCAAUAAUAUGAUUUAGAGACAUAUAUAGCAACAUUUUUUUUCCAAGAACUCUGUAAUUUUAAAGUAACUAAUUAUAGUUGUUACUUAUAACUACUAUAAUUAUACUUUGAUUCCUAAAAAGAGGGCUACUUCUAUAUUAAAUAUUAAAAAUAACCUAAGCCUAAUAAGGAGACACUGAUUUUUUCCUUUGGUAGUUCUGCUGUGGUGUUCACAUUCUGUUGUUUCCAUCUUCCUAUCAAAUACAUACAUUCAGAGCAAAGUAAUGCAUUUGAACAGAAAUAUCUGAAACUGGUGUAAAAUGUUAUGACUCUCUGUGCUGGGUGUGUCUGAGCUGGAGUUCAUUUCCCCAGCAGCUGUCCCAGAGCUGUGCUUUGCUCUGGGAACUGGAAGGGUGCAGAUAACCCAGCAGGGUUUUGGCUGCAGCAGCGCUGUCUCUCCAGCAUUCCCACCUUGUGUAGGCUGGGGGUGGGCAAGCUCCUGGGAGGGGACACAGCCAUGCCAGCUGACACAAAUCACCAAAGGGACACCAUACAUAUGACAUCGGCUCAGAGGGAACAGAUAAGAAAAGGAAGAGGAAAGCAUUGCAUUCAGUUUUUAGAGUGUUUGCCUUCCCAAGCAAUCACUUCCAUGCAGAAGCCCUGCUUCCCAGGAAGGCACUGGGCAUUGCCUGCAGAUGGGAAGUACAGAAUAAAAUUCUUGUGUUUUUUACCCUUUGUGCACACACAAACUUUUGCUUUUGUUUGAGUAAACUGCCUUAUCUUAA